GAAACUACGUGCUAGCUCUUUUGGUGUUUAUUGAUUGCAUAUCCUUGUCGCCGGAACACAGUGCAGCAUCCUGGUUUCAUUUUUUUUUUCAUGCUACCUGUUUCAAAUUUUUGUAAAACGCCCAUUAUUUUAACAAUGUAGUUUUUGUUUUGUUUGUUGUGUCAUUUUAAUGUAUUGAACGGAUCGAUUAAGUCUAUAAAUUUAAUUAGUUCAUAACGCACAAACGAUUUUCGACGUCGUUAUAUUUAUUAUUAACUAUAUUAUGGCGGUGUGAUUUCUUUCGGAAGCUGUUGAUCAAUCAUAAUAAUUGGUGCGUUUUUCAGGAAAGUAGGCAUUGAUUGGCACCCGUGAGAAAGAAUCAGCGCGAAAAAGGAAGCGCGUGCCCGUGGCGAAAGUAGUCGAAGGUUGUCGAAUGAUAAUAUACUUAGAGAGCCGUUUAUGAAGAUUACAAAAACAACAUGAAAACAAUUAAAAUUAAUAUUUUAUACACCAAAAUUAAUUGUUGGAUAAAUUAUGAAAUGGGAUUUUUAUAAAUUGAAAUAAAUCAUGAUGACGAAUAAUUCUCCUACGACCAUAACGUGUAAAGAAGGGUCUCCGCUCAGACCAUGUAAUGAUGAUUUAGAGGUUGGAAACACAAAAGUCAAUGAGGUGACAAACAAUGGAUAUUUCGGGAGACAGUAUCAAAAAGUACCCGAUGUACGGAUUACAUCACCUGACGAACGACCAUCCAAGAGCAAGUUUCGUGUCCGUGACGUUAGCCCUAUACAAGUGCCUAGACAUAAAACGAGCUCUACGUGUUAUCGGAUAUUGGUACCCGAAACAAACACGGAAAAACUAGUACUUUUCGUUUGUCUUACAGUGUUUUUCACCUUACUCGUCUCGUUGGUGUAUUUUUUCGUGAAAAUAGAAUGCACAUUUGGAGCUAAAGAUCAAAAAUGUAAAAGUAACUGGUUCUCAAACAAUGAACCCAACAUAUGUAUGAAAGAAGAAUGUGUUAAAACAGCUGCUUCAUUAUUGUCAGCAAUGGAUCCAACAGCAGAUCCGUGUGACGAUUUUUAUCAAUAUGCUUGUGGUACCUGGGAUAAAAGGCAUUUAAUUCCUGAAGAUAAAAGCAGUAUCAACACAUUUGAAGUGCUUGCUGAUCGAUUACAAGUUAUUUUAAAAGGUCUUCUGGAAGAAUCAGUAAAUCGACUUGACAGUUCAGCAACAAUUAAAGCAAAGCUAUUUUAUAAAUCAUGCAUGAAUAUUACUCAAAUCAGACAUAUUGGAGACAUGCCUAUUCGCGAGCUCUUAAAAUCAGUUGGAGGCUGGCCGGUGAUCGAUUCAAAUUGGCGACCACCUGAUUACAGUAUUGAAGUCUUGCUCGGUCGAUUGAAAAAAGAAUUCAAUGAAGGAAUCAUAAUUGAACCAUGGGUUGGGCCAGAUGAUAAAAACUCUUCUGUAAACAUCCUUCAGUUGGAUCAAAUGCAACUGGGACUACCAAGCAGAGAUUAUUUCUUAAAAGACAGUAGCGCUGAAGCACUACAAGCCUAUCAUAAAUAUAUGUCUGAAGUAGCUGUGUUAUUAGGGGCAAAUAAGUCAACAGCACCUUUUGAACUAUUAAAAAUUAUUGAAUUUGAAAUUGAAAUAGCGAAUAUUACACAAACGGAAACCGAUAGACAUGACACGACUGGCACAUAUUUAAAACUUCCACUGAAAGAUUUACAAAAACAUGUUCCAGAAUUUGAUUGGCAAUUAUAUUUGAAAACUAUUUUGCAAAUUAAACUUUCUGACCAGGAACCUGUAGUGAGUUAUGCAAUGUCAUACUUUACACAACUCGGUCAUCUAUUAAAAAAAACUGACAGGAGGGUUAUUCACAAUUACAUUAUCUGGAGACUAGUUCAAAGCACUGUACUUCCGCAUAUGAUUGAUGAUUUUCAGUACAAAAGAUUAAACUUUAAGAAAAUACUUUUAGGAAUUCUUAAUGAACGGAGUAGGUGGAGAGAUUGUGUUGAUUGGACCAAUAAACGACUUGGGAUGGCAGUUGGUGCUUUAUUUAUAAGAGAUAAUUUCAGCUUGGAGAGUAAAGUGACUGCUAUGGAUAUGAUAGAAUCAAUUAGAGAAGCAUUCAAUGAACUUCUAAAUGAAAACCAUUGGAUGGACGAACAAACAAGAAUAGUGGCCAAAGCAAAGGCGGAUGCUAUGAAAGAACGAAUCGGAUACCCAGAAGUGCUAACAGAUCCGGACGAGUUGGAAAAAGAAUAUAUAAUGUUAAAUGUCACCGAAAAUCAGUUUAUUCUUAACGUGUUCAAUGUGUUAAAAUUCGACGCUUAUCAAAAUUUAGAAAGACUAAGAAAACCAGUUGAUAAAGAUAAAUGGUCAACAGAACCUGCAGUUGUUAAUGCAUUUUAUAAUCCGAAUAAAAAUCAUAUUGUCAUUCCUGCUGGUAUUCUUCAACCUUUAUUUUAUAGUCAACAUUUUCCUAAAUCCUUAAAUUACGGUGGGAUCGGCGUAGUAAUCGGUCACGAGAUCACUCAUGGAUUCGACGAUAAAGGUCGGCAGUUUGAUAAGAAUGGUAAUAUGAUCGAGUGGUGGGAUUCUAAAACAAUAUAUACGUUCAGGGAAAAAGCUCAGUGUAUGGUGGAUCAGUAUUCAAAGUACAAAAUGCAAGAAGUAAAUUUACACGUUAAUGGACGCAUGACUCAGGGCGAAAACAUAGCUGACAACGGUGGACUUAAACAGUCAUUUCGGGCCUAUAAGAAAUGGGUGACCAAACAUGGAGAAGAACCAUUACUUCCUGGUAUUGACAUGACACACGACCAACUGUUCUUUUUAAAUUACGCGCAAAUCUGGUGUGGUUCAAUGCGACCAGAAGACGCACUGACUAAAGUCAGAUCCUCCGUGCACUCGCCGGGGCCCACAAGAGUUUGGGGUCCCUUGUCGAAUUCCGAUGAUUUUGCCAAAGCAUAUGAAUGUCCGUCUGGAUCUCGAAUGAAUCCCGUCGAUAAGUGCAUUGUUUGGUAGAAUUCGUUACUACUAGGUUAUGUUUACAUUUCAUAUCUGAAUUCUAUUUGUUUUUGAUCAACCAUUAAUUUUAUUCCCACGACAUUUUAGCUGUUUACUUGUAAUACAGGGCAAAGUGCGCGUAAAUCAUAUCAUAUUAAUAAUAGACAAGUAAUUUGAUAAUAGGUUUAUCAUUCACUAUGCUAAUACUUUUAUCUGAUAUUCUGACUAUUGUAAUAGUAUUCAUAAAUCAAAAGUACCUAUUACGUAUAAAUUAAAAGUUAAAACUCGAUACACCAUCGACUAUAUUUACUACAACUUAACAAUAAAUUGCUUAUAAAUCACCAAAACACUUAACUUUUUUUUGAUGAAUUAAUUGCAAAUGCGUAUUUAAUGUAGGUAUUAUUUGCCUUGUAUUGUAGUUUGUAAACAGACCAUCAACAUAUUUUAAAUUUAGAUGUAGGAUUUUUUAAACGUGUGCGUGUUUUGAAUUGAUUUAUAAAUUAUAUAUAUAAAGUAGUGUGGAUAGUAAUGAGAACUAUUAAUUCAAUAACUUAAUUCAUUUUUUGGCUAAAAAUAAAUUUGAAUAGUAAGGUUUGAAAAUGAUUCCUUAUUAAUUUGUUUUUAAUUUAAUUGUGUUUAGUUAUAUUUAACGUAAUCUGACUUUUAAAAUUUUCUUUGUUUAUAAACUCUAAUAAGGUAGUUGUUAUAGUAGUUAUAACAGUAGGCACUUUUUAAUUUUUAUUAAUAAUAAAGAUAAUUUAGUACAACAUUUAAAAUAGGUACUGAAAAUCCGAACCUUAUUAAUAAUAAAAGAUUAAAUCAAUACAUGUUAAUCGAUGAAAAGUGUUAUCUGAGAGGACAUUUUAAUUACCAAAUAGUAUAAAUAUGACCACAAAAGAAGAAACAAUUGAGGGUAAAGACAAUCACGGGAAAAGGAUUUCCAGGGGUUAUUAUAAGUGCCAAUAUAUUAUAUGUUUACUUAUUUUUUAAGUUAGGUAAAAAUAUAACUUAAUCAAAACAUUAGAUUUAAAAUAUUUUAAAAUGUUUAUGAUAAAUCAAAUGCACAAAAUUAAACAAAUUUGGGUCUUAGCUAUUGGUAAUUAUUGUUGGUAAUUGGUAGAUAAAAUUUUAAUGUUUUCAGAUGAGUUAUAAUAAUACUUAUAAUAUUUUAUUGUAAUAGUUAAGUGUGAAUUUGCAUAUAAUAAUAAUAAUAAUAUAAAUAUUAUAUUAAUAAUUGUUUUCUUCCAAUUUUGCCAGAGUAUAUUUAUUUUGUCAUUAAUAUUUAAAUUUAAAUGUUAUUUUUACAUCUACUUUAUUAAUAACUGAUAAUGAAACUAAUUUACCUACUAUUUGUGAUCUCAAUCUUAAGUUUCAAUAUAUUAUGUUUAUUAUUAAAAAAAAAAUACUUAUCUCAUGAUUAAAUACAUUUUUUUACUAAUUGUACAUGCACUUUUAUGACUUAAUUAAAUAUAACCAUAUAUAUAUUAAACCUAUAUGUUAACAAUUCUAGUAUGUUCAUGUUGUUUUCGACAUCUCAACCUUUAAGAAAAAUAACAAAUUGUCCGCUUUUAAUACAUAUUAUAUACAUUUAUGUAUUAUGUAUAAAAAUAAUAUAUUGAAAAAACUUCUGACGAAUGUUUUACAAAAUGAUAAUAUUGUCUGUUGUAUUUACUUUUUAGAAACACACCUAUAUACAGUUUACAUAUUGUUUGCGUCGCGCGUAUUAAUUAAUUAGAGAUGAUUUCCGUUUUUAAAUUAUGAAUGUUUCCUCUAUCUAUUAAAAAUUCCAUAUAAAUUGAGUUUUAAUUCUAUAUGUUUGUAUGAAAAUCGUAGUGAUAAAUUUCUCCACUAAUUUGUGAUAUCGCAUUAUUAUGUAAGUUAUGAUAGAUUUGUAGCUUAAUAGUUUAGUAGGUGCCUUACUGAAUAUUGUAAAACUGUUACUAUUAUUAUGGAAAAAACGGAUGGCCAAUGUAACUAACGAUUUAAAAUCCCAAAUUAAAGAUACACCGCCUCACAUAGUCACAUGUAAGUUCUUCCAAUUAUUUAUAAUUAUAAAUUAUAUUAACUUUAAUCAUGUAUAUUGAGGGUGUAUACAAUAGGUGUCCGGUGUAGGAUGUUAAUUCCACUUAAUAUGUUAAAUAUAGCGAGACAAUGAGACAAAUAAGACAAUAUUGAAGUCUCUUGUGUUUCAUUAUAAUAUACGAAUGGAUAAUUUAAUAUUAAUUAUACUUUUACUAACCUACCUGAAGCUAUUAUGCUAAUAAAUUGUUGAGAUUAACAAUAAAUUAUUUAAAUAUUAAAAAAAUAUAGUACAACUUUGAUACAUUUGCUAAUUAUUGCUUUACAGCUCGCGAUCACAAGCCACAUGUUGUGUUUCUACCUAUACUGACCAUAAUAAUAU